GCGCAUGUGCAGUCGAGCCUUACGUGGCAAGGGAGCAGCUGUUUGUGUCAAAAUUACGUGUUGUGGUCGAUCUUGACAUAAUUUUUAUUUUCUGUAGUUAUUAUGUGAUUUUAUUGUAAUAAAAAUAACAGAACCAAUUUUAAAUAUAUAGAAUGAACUCCCAGUACAUGCAGCAGCCCCCUCCACCCCAGCAAUUCAAUGCUCAGGCAGGCUUUGGUGGAUACCCUGCCCCCCCUCAGGGGAUGAUGCCUCCUGCACAGCAACAAUUCAGACCACAGCAGUCUCAGAAUGGCCCUGCACCUAUGCCUCAACCUGGUCAAAUGGGUGGUUUUCCACCAAGGCCACCCCCUGGUAGCGUGGUGACAAAUCCAGGAGGUGUAGGGACGAUGCCGGGUGGUAUGGGUACGAUCCCGGGUAGUAUGCAGACAAUGCCAAGACCGCAAAUGGGACCAGGAAUGGGUCCACAACAACCACAGUCUCAAGUCUUAGGCGGACCACAGUUGCAGCCUCAGGGUCAACACCUCCAGCAGCAGCUCAACGGCCCUCAUAUGCCUCCACCGCUCAAUGGCCCUCAUAUGCCUCCACCGGUGAAUGGCCCCCACAUGCCCCCACCGGUCAAUGGACCUCACCAGCAAGGUGGUCCUCAAUUGCAAAGUAGUCCCAAAAUGCAACAGCAGCCUAGUGGAACACCGAUGCCUCUGACACAGCCAGAGCAGCCAAGUGGGCCUGGUCGUCAAAUGCCUCCACCGCCUGGUGGAGGACUGCCUCCUUCUAACAUUACCUCACAGCUGCAGACUCAGAUGUCAGGCAUGACCAUUAAUGGGCCGAGAAUGCCUCCCACAUCUCAAAAUAAUUAUUCCCCGACCACUGGCUAUCCUCACAGUAGUUUUCCGCCGGCCGUCAAUGGAAGUUCUCCACCAGACCUCAUAUCUCCAGGGUAUAUAAAUGGAGCCCAGCAGGUGUCGGGGCCUGGACGGGGCCCCCAACAGAGACCCCCACCUCCCCAGAUGGAUGCCUACAACAGCGGAUACUCAGCCCCGCCAGUCAGCAACUAUCCCCCUGCCCCCCAGCAGCAGAUGGGCUAUCCUCCACCACAGCCAGGCUAUCCUCCGCCACAGCCCGGCUACCCACCUGCACCUGUUCAGCCUACCCCUACCUAUCCAGGGGCACAACAGGCUCCUAGAAGAUUAGAUCCUGACCAGAUGCCUAGCCCGCUCCAAGUGAUGCAAGAAGACCAGAAGAGCAAGGGAGGGAUGUUCUACACCAACCAGCGAGGUCAGGUGCCACCUCUGGUUACAACACAGUUUGUAGUACAGGACCAGGGCAACUGCAGCCCACGAUACAUGCGGUCCACUAUGUACAAUGUGCCUGUCAACGUUGAUAUGAUGAAACAGACGGCAGUCCCGUUUGGUCUGGUGAUAAGUCCUCUAGCCAGGCCCCUAGAAGAAGAGUCUCUGCCACCCAUCGUGGACAUGGGGGAGUUGGGACCAGUCCGGUGUAUCCGCUGUAAGGCCUAUAUGUGCCCCUUUAUGCAAUUCAUUGACGGCGGCAGACGAUUUCAGUGCCUCUUUUGUAAAGCUACUACAGACGUUCCUGAUGCCUAUUUCCAGCACUUGGACCACACUGGUCACCGCAUUGAUCGUUACGAGAGACCGGAGCUUGUGCUCGGCACCUAUGAGUUUGUGGCCACCCGAGAGUACUGCAGGAAUGAACAGUUCCCGAAACCACCAGCCAUGAUCUUCAUGAUAGAUGUCUCAUACAACAACGUUAAGUCUGGCCUGGUGCACCUGCUCUGUGCCCAGAUGAAGGACAUCCUCCGAAAUCUACCGCGCGAGCCGGGAGCUGACAAAUCCUGCGUGCGUGUGGGCUUUGUUACUUACAACAACUCUGUUCAUUUCUACAAUGUUAAGGCAUGCCUGGCCCAGCCUCAGAUGAUGGUGGUGGGAGAUACGAAUGAGAUGUUCAUGCCGCUGUUGGACGGGUUCCUGGUGGACCCACAAGAAAGCGAGGCCGUGAUAGAGAGUCUCAUGCAGCAGAUACCCCAGAUGUUUGCUGAGACCAGAGAGACUGACACCAUUCUUGGACCUGUCAUACAGGCUGGCAUGGAGGCCCUCAAGGCAGCAGAGUGUUCUGGCAAGCUGCUAAUCUUCCACACUUCCCUGCCCACUGCAGAGGCUCCAGGCAAACUGAAGAACAGAGAUGACCGCAAACUGUUGGCGACUGAAAAGGAAAAAACAGUCCUCAAUCCCCAGAACAACUUCUAUAACAAUCUGGGUCAGGAUUGUGUGAGUGCUGGGUGUAGUGUGGAUCUGUUUGUUCUCAAUAACUCCUUCGUGGACCUUGCCACCAUUGGUCAGAUCUGCCGACUCACUGGCGGAGAGGUCUUCAAGUACACCUACUUCCAGGCUAAUAUAGAUGGAGAGAGGCUGAUAGCUGAUAUCAAAUACAAUGUGGGACGGCCAAUCGUGUUCGAUGCCAUCAUGAGAGUGAGGACUUCCACUGGUGUUAGGCCCACGGACUUCUUUGGCCACUUUUUCAUGUCGAACACCACUGAUAUGGAACUGGCUUCCAUUGAUUGUGAUAAGGCAGUCGCACUAGAGAUCAAACACGACGACAAGUUAACAGAGGAGGAGGGAGUGUUUGUCCAAGUGGCUUUGCUACAUACAUCCUGUAGUGGCCAGAGACGGAUACGUAUCCUGAACCUUUCACUAAAAACCUGCAGCCAGAUGGCUGACCUGUACCGGGCUUGUGAGCUUGACACCAUUGUAAACUUUUUCGCCAAACAAGCAUUGUACAGGCUACGAGAGAACCCACCCAAGCAGGUUAAAGACUCACUGGUGAACCGCUGUGCAAUGAUGUUGGCAUGUUACCGCAAGAACUGUGCUUCACCCAGCUCUGCUGGACAGCUCAUACUGCCUGAGUGCAUGAAGCUGCUGCCCCUCUACAUCAGCUGUGUGCUCAAAAGUGAUGCCAUCUCAGGAGGUUCAGACAUGACUAUUGAUGACCGAGCAUUUGUCAUGUAUGCAGUCAACAUCAUGGACAUUCCCAAUUCUGUAGUGUAUUUCUACCCAAGACUCAUUCCCCUCCACGACAUCGACUUGGACUCUUCCGACAUUCCAUUACCAGUACGGUGUUCGGCCGAGAAACUGCGGGACGAUGGAGCUUACUUGCUAGAUAAUGGCAUCCACAUGUUCUUAUGGUUCGGGAUGGGGCUGGCACCGGAAUGGGUGCAGGCAGUGUUCGGAGUGCCCACCUCUGCUCAGAUUAACACGGAUGACACCAAAUUGCCAGAUCUGGACAAUCCUUUGUCACAGAGGAUACGAGAACUUAUAGCUAUUGUCAGGCUUGAGAGGCAUCGCUUCAUGAGGCUGACGUUGGUGCGACAACGGGACAAAAUGGAGAUGCUGAUGAAGCACUUCCUGGUAGAGGACAGAGGGAUGGACGGUACUGCUUCGUACGUGGACUUUUUAUGUCACAUGCACAAGGAAAUCCGCUCAAUCCUGAGUUAACAGAAGUGAAAGUUAUUGGCUAACUGUAAUUUUUCUCCACAAAACAUUCACUUCGGUAACGUGACGUCAGGAAUGGCAAACUGUAAACUGAUCAGUUGUUUGUUACACUUCAGGAAGUCGCGAUCAUUUUGUAAAAUAUUAGUUCCGAUAUUUUGUUGAAUGAAUUACUUGUAUUAGUUGUUAUAUUGUAUGUAAUGCUGGAAUAUUGGAAUAAAUAUAUUAAAUAUUUGCUAUUAA